AACCCUAAAGUUGGAUCAAUGUAAACAAAGAGCAAGAUUUUUACUAACAAAUUAAUAAUAAUUUAGAAAUCCGCGAAUUAAUUAGCAAAUAUUUCCGGCGAAUAUUUUUUUAUAUUUUCACUUCAUUACCUAGAACCUAAUGAUUGUCAAAGCAAGCUCGGAUAAUUAGACAGAAACAGUGGGAAAUGACUUACGAAGCGCUAGUAGGUCCAAGCUCCGCAUCGGGAGGUUCCUGUUAUUGGUUAAGGCACAUGAAACUAUACCGCAUUGGAAUAGUGAUUGCAGCAUGUCUUCUAUUUGCAACUUUUGUAUUUUACUAUCUUCUGUUAAACGAUGAGUCCAAUGUUCCGAGCAAUGACAUUCAUCGAUCGAGAUCUCAGUUGGAGGCAUUUGACGAGGUAAGUCCGCUCAAGGCAGCGGACUUGAAAUUGCGGAUAGACGAGAUGUUACGGAUAAAAGGAACCGUAUCAUUAGAGUUGCGUGAUUUAGAGGCACGGCGACAAAAGUUGCAGUCCGACAUUGGGCUUUAUAAUCAAAAAAUAGAUGAGUUGAAGCAAGAGUUGUCUCGACAGCAAACUGAAUUAGAGCGGUUGAAAAUCUCGGUUGAACAAGCCCAAGUAGCACAACGUGAAGCAGUGCUUCGCAAUACACCUGAACUGGCUCUACCAAAAGCACUAUUCUCAAUUUCUACUCCGGAGCAGAAUCGACCCUUAUCGCGAGCACUGGCGCGGGAAUGUAAGAUGAGUACCUGUUUCGAUCAUUCUCGCUGCAGUUUAACUUCAGGAUUCCCAGUGUAUUUGUACGAUCCGGAUGUACACUCGGCAGCUAACGUGGGAUACGAUAUAGACGGUUUUUUGAAAACGACUAUCAAGCAAACACUCGGAUAUAAUGCACACUUGACCGAUGAUCCGAACAGAGCUUGUGUUUUCCUAGUAUUAGUUGGUGAGGCAUUACCAGAACAAGAAACGGUUCGAAAUAAUCGCUACGGAAUUACGAACAUAGAGAAUGGAAAGCAUUCCGGUGGUUCCAGUCUUAACAUGACAAAAUUGUAUCAUCUACCAUUUUGGGGAGGAGAUGGACGGAAUCACAUUCUGUUAAACUUUGCUCGACGUGACUUGAGUAUUGGAACUGGCAAUGUAUUCCGGAACUCUGAUACGGGUCGGGCAAUGUUGGUACAAUCAAGUUACGAAGAAGGACAAUACAGAAAAGGUUUUGAUUUGAUAGUUCCUCCAAUUCUUGGGCCACCGGGAGGUGAUGUGUGGCAGGAAUGCAGUUCUAUGUUGCCUGCAAGAAGGAAAUUUCUCUUGAGCUUUCAAGGUGAAAUGAAUGUGCAGAAUCAAUCGAAUUUGAAUCACGUUGAUGAUGAAGCCGAAACUGUUGAUGAUUUCAUCAUUGAGCAUCUGAAAGAGAUGUCUUUGGGACACACACAGGACAGAUUUCUUUUGCAAUUUGAGUGCAUUCCAGCAACGGAGCAACGAAAUCCUUCUACAAUACGUGACUGGUCGCUUUGUGGAACUGAUAAUUCUAGAAAAUCGGUGCUGAAGGAGGCUACCUUCACUUUACUUCUAGCGCCUGGAGGUAACAGCAUCAGUUCAACGUUAUUCCAGGCGCGGUUAUACGAAGCUUUGCGUGCCGGAGCUAUUCCAGUUAUUCUUGGAGGAGAUCAAAUGGAAUUACCUUAUUCCGAAACGAUAGAAUGGCGAAGAGCUGCUAUAUCGUUACCGAAAGCUCGAAUAACUGAGCUUCACUUUUUACUCCGUGCGAUUUCUGAUGCAGAUCUGUUAAUGAUGCGCCGACAAGGGCGUCUUAUUUGGGAGAGAUAUCUCAGCUCUGUGCAGGCAACUGUCGAUAGCAUUAUAGCUAGUUUAAGAGACCGUCUUGGUAUCCCACCUAAACCCGUAUCGCCAGUUAUGGCACAUAGUGUAUUCAAUUCGACGUUUAUUCCACUUAAAUCCGAUCCAGUGCUGGACACCGAACCGGAAGAAUCUCUCGGGCCUAUUGAGCCGCCAUACCCCAGUCCAGCCUUCCGACGCAAUUAUACCGCUCAUCUAAUACAGUCCCGAGAAGCUUGGAACGAUUGGGCAGACCCAUUCGCAUUGUAUCCUCAACUACCUUUCGAUCCUGUAUUACCAUCUGAUGCUAAAUUCAUAGGAUCUCACAUGGGAUUUCGUCCAAUAGGGAAAGGAGCUGGAGGUGCUGGAAAAGAAUUCGGAGAAUCCCUCGGUGGGAACCAUCCUCGAGAACAGUUUACUAUCGUGAUACUUACCUACGAGCGAGAACAGGUAUUGAUGGAUUCGCUCAGUCGUCUCUAUGGCUUACCUUACCUGCACAAGGUGAUAGUUGUAUGGAAUUCUCCCAAACCACCUUUAGAAGAUCUUCGGUGGCCAGAUAUUGGAGUACCGGUUCAUGUCGUUCGGGCUUUGAGAAAUUCCUUAAAUAACCGAUUUCUUCCUUAUGAUGCCAUAGAAACGGAAGCCGUUCUUUCCGUUGAUGAUGACGCCCAUUUGAGGCAUGAUGAGAUUCUGUUCGGUUUUCGCGUAUGGCGCGAGCAUCGCGAUCGCGUUGUUGGAUUCCCUGGGCGAUUCCAUGCAUGGGACACAAACACACUGGAUGCGUGGAAUUAUAAUUCCAACUAUAGCUGCGAACUGAGCAUGGUGCUAACAGGAGCCGCAUUCAUUCAUAAGUAUUACACAUAUUUAUAUACGUAUACGCUUCCGCAAGCAAUCCGAGACAAAGUGGAUGAGUACAUGAAUUGUGAGGAUAUUGCUAUGAAUUUCUUGGUGUCACACGUGACACGGAAACCACCGGUGAAGGUUACGUCUCGGUGGACGUUCCGCUGCCCGGGUUGUCCGGUUUCGCUGAGUGAAGAUGAUACUCACUUUCAAGAAAGACAUAAGUGUAUCAACUUCUUUACGAAGGUAUUCGGAUACACGCCACUACUCAACACGCAGUACAGAGCUGAUUCCAUCCUGUUCAAAACCCGAAUACCCCACGACAAGCAAAAGUGCUUUAAAUUUAUAUAAAAGAAACAAAAAAAAACAAUAGUGAUCUUUCUGCAGUAAGAAAAACCGGUCAUCACAACCAACCCCUGCGGCUAUGUAGAGAAAUCAGCACACUUCUGAAUUGCAUCUAAAAUAUGCUGACCCCUUUAUCACCGUUAUUGCAGCAAGCACAUUUUAAAAGUUAUACCAAAAGAAAAUCAUAGAGCUAUACACGGACAGAAUUCCACUUACAGCAAAUCGUAGACUCGUAGAUAUGCAGUAGAAAACUUUCAAACGGCAGUUAUUUUAUACGGUAAUAUAAAUAGUGUCAUAUUGUUUAUUUUAGCAUUGUAUUUGGUUGUUUGCACUCUAAUUUAUUGCUUAUAUUGUGUAUACAAAAGUUCUCAUAUCUGAAUUUAAGCUUCCAGUGCCACAUUUUAGAUUAAUUUUAAAUCUAGGUUUUAUCGUUAAAUAAAUAAUAAUGCGGAGUCAUUUUUAAACCAUUAUAGCGUAAA